GCGGCCCCGCGGCGAUUUGUGGCCGGUUUGUGUGUGUGUAUGUGUAUGUGUGUGUCGCUCUUCAGGAGGACGACUUACUUCCAAUUAUCCUCUUGCACACAGCGAUUUUUCCUCCCGUUUUCAGUGUCACCGAGAGCGGAGACCUCCACGGCUCAUCGCGGGACCGUGUCAUGGACUUUAUUCGUUUAUUGGUUUGUUUUCAGAGGAAUUUACCGCGUCCCUCAGCAAGCUAAGCUAGGUAUCGAGCUCGCGAGCUAAUAACGUUACUGGAUUUGCGCAAAUUCUCCGCACUAGGAAGUUGCACAGACGAAAGAAAUAACUGCUCUGCACCGGAUAAAUCCAUUUGGAAUUAUUAAUACACUCUCUUCCAGUCCAGACGGCUUGAUAAGAAGAAGAUAAAAGGCCAUCGUUACCUCAGCGGAGCUAACGAGCUAACAUGAAGUUAGCCAGCUAACGUUAACGCUUUCGUGUGGAAGAAAACCCCUUCCGAGCUUGCGCAUGUUAUAUGAAUUUCAGAUAGUUAAAAGCUUGGUGAUGUUGGGUUGAAUUGUCUUUGAGCUUUUGUUUUUUUAUAUUGAAUGACUGAGGGGUCUUAUUGAAGGGUUGGGCUGAUGAUCUGUCCUGUAAACUUCAGCCAAAACCACUUACCUUAAUAUUCAUCGGGUUUAGCAUUUACAGUAGUUACGUUAUGUUUUGUAUCCGUUAAUAUAGAAGUCAUUGGCAGUUAAUCUAGAAACGCAUGUUUAAUUUUUUUUGGGUAGGAUAGAUUAGCUGGUCCAACAGGUUAUUAGUUAUAUCAGCGUUGUUGUUGUGGCCAGGCCUAUGGUUGUGAAGGGGGAUGAGAAUGAAUUGUGUUGGGAAAGAGGUGUAAGAGCUCAAGUUGUGGACUGUCAUCUUAAAAAACUGAGUUGUAUGGAAUUGGGCAGCUGGGUUGGCAUCAUGGGGGUAUCGCAAGGGGGCAUGAAGAAGUCAUCUACAUAGUGUCUAAGUACUUUUUAAGUUAUGUAGUCGGUCAACUGGACAGCCUCGUAUUUUUGUGUGUUGUUCUCCUGAUAAUUCAUUAGAAAGAUAGGAGCAACAGGGCAGUCUGGAUCAAGAAACCCUGUCUUUCGUCCCUGGUUGGAUUUGCAUACCCAAGCCAUCCUCAAUGCCUUCAGCACUGGCCGUGUUCACCUGUCGCCCGAAUUCACACCCGUUUCAGGAACGUCAUGUCUAUCUGGAUGAGCCGGUCAGAAUCGGGCGAUCCGUGGCCCGGUGUCGCCCUGCCCAGAACAACGCCACCUUCGACUGCAAAGUGUUGUCCAGGAAUCACGCUCUGGUGUGGUUCGACCACAAGACUGGAAAGUUCUAUCUCCAGGACACCAAGAGCAGCAAUGGCACCUUCAUCAACAGCCAGCGUCUGAGCCGGGGGUCGGAGGAGAGCCCUCCCUGUGAGGUGCUCUCUGGUGACAUCAUUCAGUUUGGGGUGGAUGUGACGGAGAACACCCGGAAAGUCACUCAUGGCUGUAUAGUGUCGACCAUCAAGCUCUUCUUACCAGAUGGCAUGGAAGCUCGGCGGCGUUCAGAUGUUGUUCCAGCACCACUGCCCCUGGCUAUUGAUAAGGUGUCUGCAAAUACACCCAGUAUGUAUUCUCAGGAACUGUUUCAGCUCUCCCAGUACCUGCAGGAGGCCUUACACAGAGAGCAGAUGCUGGAGCAGAAGUUGGCCACUUUACAGAGACUGCUGGCCAGCACACAGGAAGCAUCUGAGAGCAGCUGGCAGGCUUUAAUCGAUGAAGACCGGUUACUCUCUAAAUUGGAGGUGAUGGGGAAUCAGUUGCAAGCAUAUUCCAAAAACCAACCAGAAGAUGGUAUCCGAAAGGAGCUUGUAGCCUUAACAGAGGACAAACACAAUUAUGAGACGACAGCCAAAGAGUCCCUGAAGCGGGUCCUUCAGGAGAAAAUCGAGGUGGUUAGGAAGCUGUCUGAGGUGGAGAGGAGUUUGAGUAACACCGAGGACGAGUGCACACACCUGAGAGAGAUGAAUGAACACACACAGGAGGAGCUCAGAGAACUCGCCAACAAAUACAAUGGAGCCGUCAAUGAAAUCAAGGAUCUGACGGAAAAGAUCAAGUUGGCAGAAGUCAAACACGAGGAUCUCACUCAGAAAGGCCUGAACGAGAAGAAAGAGCUACAGCUGAAGAUUGAAGAGCUGGAGGAUAAGGAGCAGGCGCUUCAAGCUCGAAUCGAAGCUCUGCAAGCAGACAAUGACUUCACGAAUGAGAGACUAACGGCGCUGCAAGUCCGGUUAGAACAGCUGCAGGAGAAAAGCAUAAAGGAGAACAACAGUUUAGACCACUUUCUUUUAAAGAGUGGAGGAGACUGCACUUUAAUCCAACAGUACAUUGAGUGUCAAUCGGUGAGGCAGCUGAAGGAAGCUGUGGACUCUUCCAUUAACAAGCUGUCAAACUUUGAUGAAGUCAUUGAUGCACAUCUUCAGAAUAACCAGACGACAGUGGACAACAGCUUGGCCAGUCCGGACAGACUUAAAGAAAACCAGAUAGACGCUAAAGAGUGUGAUAUGUCAGAUACUCUGAGCCCCAGCAAGGAGAAAAGCAGCGACGACACAUCAGACGGACAGAUGGAUGAACAAGAACUGAACGAGUCCCAGAACAGGGUUUCUCUUCUGAAAGAAAUGGAGUCAGGAGACACUGAGCAGGUCAUUCCUCACCUCCACCGAGAGCUGCAGGAGGCCCAGGAGCUCGCCAACACUGGCAAACAGAAAUGCCUCGAGCUGCAAGCUCUUCUGGAGGAGGAGAGGAGAACCAACAGACAGCAGACGGAAGAAUCUGCGAAACAGAUCCGCUUCUUACAGACUCAACUGGCGAAGCUCCAGUCUGAUAUGGAGGAUUUGCGUGAGCAGAGAGAGAACACUAUCAGCAUCACCCGAGAGGAGCUCUACAGCGCCCAGGAGGAGAUCCUGGUUCUCCGGCACGCCGUGGAGACCGCCACCGCCGAGCGGGAACGAGAGAUCGCCGCCCUGCAGGGAGACCUGAGCACAGUCACCGCCGAACUGGACAAAUGGAGACAGACGGCAGCCAAGUAUGAAGUGGAGAUCAGCAACCUGCAGACCAGCUUCCAGCUCCAGAGCCAGCACCAGGAAAGAGCUAGCCAACUCCAAGGUGAAUUGGAGAAGCUUCAGGCCGAAUGCUCUGGUCUGCAGAAUGAAUGUGACGGUCUGCGGGCUGAGAAGACUACACUCAAGCAGAAACUCCACAGACUAGAGCAAGAGCUCGACAGCUCCAGAGAGCGGAGCGUGACGUUGAGCAGCAGCCUAAACGCUCUGGAGAAAUCCCAGGGUGACCUGGAAAACAAACUGGGCUCGAUACAAGACCAGCACCUACAGGACGCUAGCAAACUGAAGAUCCAGCUGGCUCGAGCUGAAAGCCACACCAGAGACCUGCAGAAGGAGUACGACGAGACUCAGAAUCUGCUCUCAGAUCUCCGGCAGCAGUAUGAGCAGACGGAGCAGGAGAAACGCUCCAUCAACGACGAGCUGGAGCAGUGCAAGGUCAACCUCAAGCUCCUGCAGGAGAAGGGCAGCAAUCCAUCCAUAUUGCAGCCUGUCCAAGCCAUUUCCAUCGGUCUGUUCCUGGCUUUGCUGUAUUGGUGCUUCGGCCAGUUGUGGUAGAAAGAGCGGUUGGAUGCCCUGGAUAACGGUGGUUGCAGCCGUGCUUGCAGUGACAGCAGUGGUGAUUUAUCCCAACUUGUCCAAGAGCUCCUCCUGAGAACCAAUCAGAACACUCGUCUCUACCACCUAGCUCCGCCCUCUGUCCAAUCCCAGUGUCAGCUUUAGCCAACACAGUCUAAACCUGAACGUAAUACCUCGUUUGGACAAUACAGUCCCAAUGUCUGUGUAAAAUGCAAAUGUAUAUAGUAUAGAAAAAAAAAAGAGGGAAUAAAGUUGUGUAAUGCAUAUUAUAGAAUAAAUAAUCUAUCAGCAUUUUUGUCACUCGGAUGGGAAUUUGAAUUAUUAAAAUGGCCUAAACUAGGUCUACCGUUUUGUUUAGCAAGUUUUUGUUUCUUGGACUCUUCUUGUGGUUUGCCAUGUCACUUGUGGUAAUCCAGUUAGAUGUACAAACCAAAUCAGAAUCUGAACUCUAGGGCACAGAGGGGCGAAGUGCCUAUUUUAAAUAUUACUAGGACUAGUUCACAUUGAAGUGCCACUCAUGCAGCGCAUCAUCAAUUCAAAUGGAAAAAAAGUCAAUUUCACAUCGUCUGUGCUGUUAUUGUGUUCAAGCCGACAUGCUUCUAGCACAGUGAUGUUGUUGUUGUUCUCUAUGGCUGUUUCUAUUGUACCUUGUGUAAGCAAAUGUUCACGUCAGAGACACUACAAGUAUCUAGGUGGUUUUCAAAUUCGACGUUCUUGACAUGUUAGGAUUACGGUCAGUGUCAAACCGAUAACGGAAAACGAAAACAAAAGUAGCUUCUUACCAACACACUGUCCUGCUGUUUGGAUGAGAUAGAGCACUUUCCAUCGUUUCAGUACUAAAACUCCUACAGUACCUCCUGAAAAAGGCUCUGGGAUUCUGCUGCCUUACCUGUAACAUAAGUUAGUUCUUACUGAAUGAAAUUAGAUGCAAAGGCUUUAAAAUGAAUGGGGUUAAUGGGUGAAAGAGUCACAAAUCAACUCUCGGGUGAGAGAGAGAAUUAUUUUAAGGGUGAACGGGAAUGGGUUGUUAAAAUGUGGAUGUGCAAGUUGCUUUGAGACUCCAGGAAGAUGAAUUAACCAAUGAUGUGUUUGGUGUGUGGUUCACAUUUGUCUGCUGUGCUGUAAAUAAACAGUCGUGGAGCAAAAAAGCCCAACUCAUCUGGUUCAACGUGUCGAGGAUUUGUUUUUGCAUCUUUUUUUGUUUUACUGGAAAGACACACUGCAACAAAAAUCCAUUGAACACUUCAACAUGGAUUUGACUAUGAAUGCAAAAAAGCAAAGCUUGUAGCACAGAAGGGAUAGCUUUAAACAGAUCUCUUGCAUCGAAAGCAUGAUGUAAUGUUUUAUUUCUAAAAUCCGUUUGGAACAUCGUCCUUCACGUUGGAAGAAUGCUCACAGGCCGUUUGUAAAUAUGUAUGUAUGAAUGUUUGUGUGUAAAUAUGUUAUAGUCACAAAAUAAACAUUGGAUAUAAAUGA